AUGGCUGAUUCCGAGUUGGAGAGUGCACUGGCAAAGGAAGGUCUGGCAGCAGAGGUCAUCAAGGUGGCCAUAGAUGGGGGCUGGACGGCCUCGGCGUUCAAGCAUGUCGUUGAAACCCAGGCAGAGGUUGAGGGAGCCAUCCCUGAGAUCUUCCCAGGCCACGUCUUGUCCCGUUUGCAGAUUGCCCAAAUCAAAGCAGCGUGGGCGGGCAUGCAAGCUUCCAGUUCUUCUAGUGUUUCGCCGACCCCAGUCAACGCAGAUCCUACUUUGGAGACAUGGGUAGAGAGUUUUGCUCCAAAAAUUGCAUCCACGAAGCUGUCCGAUAUGAAGCGCCAAUUCCUAGCAAAUUACCCAAGCGAGGCCCCGCCCUCUCUGGGCGCCGUGCGCCGACCAAGUAAGGAGAAGGUGAAGCUUUUGCCUGCCACCGGGCUGGGAGCAGCCCAUCAAGAGGCACGGUCGGAGUAUAAAUGGAUAGCUUGGAAACAUCGCAUGACGGAAGAGAAAGCUUCGGAGUUGUUGAUUGCCCGACCCCACAAACAGCCCAAGCUCGAAAUGCUGGGUCUUUCCAGCUUGCUUCUAGAUGAUCCGCCUACAAUCGAAGUGACCGAUGCCAAUAUGGGGAUCAGUGGUAUCCAACGGAUCUUGGCUGUGCAUGAUGUUGCGUUAGCUAUGGUUGGCUCUGCUCACCUUGCCCGCCUCAAAGCCUAUAGCUGCAAGUUUGUCCAGCUUGUGUCCCAGCGUUUUGAUCCAGCGUCAGGACUGCGUGCACCGACAAUUCUAGAAGCGCAACAGGCAGAUUGUCGGAUUUGGCAGAGCAUCCACUCUUUGGUCAGUGAGAAAGCCUGGAGCUUGAAUGACGCGUUGCAUGAGUUCACAGAGAUUAGAGGUGAGCUCAGCACCUUGCUGCAGGAAAAGGGCGGUAAGCCCAAGGGCGCUCCAGGGAGGCACAUUACCUUCGUGAAAGAGAUCCAGGUGCAAGCCGUGUCGCUGGAUAUGAUAUCCAGCCUGCAGCUCGGCCAUCCGAGCGUUGCUUUCAGCCUCUUGGCCUCCACGGGUGCUUCCUGCCAGGAGCGUUACCUCAGCGGCUCCGGGGGUGAGACCUGGAAUGCCUUGUGUGUCAGCAGGAACAUCCUGACGUCCCCGCACAAGGACACAGCAAAUUUGCCGGGGUCGUCAAACUUGACAGUGGGUUAG